AUGGUUUUUUCGGAGAUUUUACACGACGCCACGGCGUUACAUCGGCUGCACGAUCACAGGCUAAUGGAACUGCAAUUUUCUCAAAUGGGAAGGAUAGGUAAGAUUGCACACCAAAUAAAGGGUGUAAUACGUAUGGUGACAGAUUUGGGCGGGUUUUUGCCGAUUUUGUUGACGCUCAGCGCAUUCUUUUUGGGGUGGCGUGCCGUUGGAAUCAUGGCGAACUGCGAUAAUCCACUCGUGGUAGUGCUCUCCGGCAGUAUGGAGCCGGCCUACCACCGUGGUGACUUAUUGCUUCUGCACAAGAUCUCAAAGGUGAAUAUUGGCGAUGUUAUUGUUUUUAGUCUUCCUGGUCGCACCGUUCCCAUUGUACAUCGUGUACAUGGCGUGCAUGAGGACGGCGGCACGUUGUUGUUUCUUACAAAAGGUGAUAACAAUGAACUUGAUGACCGCACACUUUAUCCUGAGGGAUAUCAUUGGGUACGGGACGAGGAUGCUACGGGGAAAGUUUUUGCCAUUAUUCCAAAUGCUGGCUUUUUGACCAUUUUAUCAGAGGACAGACCAUGGAUUAAAUUUCUUGCAUUGUCGGUUGCAAUCUUGUGGGGAUGCAUAUCCGGCGGAUAA